AUGCCUCAAGUCAGGAACCCAAUUCUUCCAGGCUUCAACCCGGACCCUUCUAUUGUCCGGGUUGGCGAUGACUACUACAUCGCCACAUCCACUUUUGAGUGGUUUCCUGGUGUUCAGAUCCACCACUCUAGAGAUCUCGCCAACUGGAAACUGGUCGUGCGCCCACUGACACGCAAGAACCAACUCGACAUGCGUGGCGAGCCUGAUAGCUGUGGUGUCUGGGCACCUUGUUUGAGCCAUGAUGGUGAGAAGUUUUGGCUAGUUUAUACUGAUGUCAAGCGCAAGGAUGGUUCUUUCAAAGAUGCGCAUAAUUACAUCGUCACUGCCACAUCUAUCGAAGGGCCAUGGUCGGAUCCUGUUUAUGCUAAUUCUUCUGGUUUCGAUCCGUCACUAUUCCAUGAUGACGACGGAAAGAAGUGGUUUAAUAACAUGACCUGGGAUCACCGCUCUCGCCCACAGACGUUUUCGGGCAUUUUCCUCCAAGAAUUCGAUCCAAAGGCAAACAAACUAGUCGGCCCUAGAAAGAACAUCUUUGAAGGAACGGACUUGGCUUUUGUUGAGGGAUCUCAUAUUUACAAACGUAAUGGAUGGUAUUACCUUUCGACUGCAGAAGGUGGCACGGGAUACAGCCAUGCCAUAACUCUUGCUCGAUCUCGCAAUGUCUGGGGCCCUUACGAGGUACACCCACAGAAGCAUAUCCUCACCUCGAAAGAUACCCCACACGCUGCUCUCCAAAGAGCCGGACACGGUCAGAUUGUCGAGACGCCAGAUGGCAAGACCUAUGUCGUGCACCUGACAGGUCGUCCCACUACACAGAAACGACGUUCGGUGUUGGGUCGAGAGACUGCUAUCCAGGAAGCUUACUGGGGAGACGAUGACUGGCUAUACAUCAAGAAUGGCCCUGUCCCAAGCUUAUACGUCGACCUUCCCGCCGAGCGCGAUGAUACAGCUUACUGGGAAGAGAAGAAAUACACUUUCAAGGAUACUCUACACAGCGACUUCCAAUGGCUUCGAACCCCCGAGCCCGAGCGCAUUUUCAACAUCAAAAACGAUCAGCUCGUGCUGACAGGUCGCGAGUCUAUCGGAUCCUGGUUCGAGCAAGCUCUCGUUGCUCGACGUCAAACGCAUUUUUCAUACGACGCCGAAACUGUUAUUGAUUUCUCUCCUGAAGACGAGCGCCAAUUCGCAGGUCUAACAGCGUACUACUGCCGUUUCAACUUUUUCUACCUCACAGUGACAGCUCAUUCUGAUGGUCAACGCGAGCUCCUCAUCCUCAGCUCGGAAGAGACUUUUCCAUUAGGCCGUCUCAACAAACCUUUUGCUGAGCCUGUGAAGAUUCCAAACGAGGGUAAAGUGAAGCUCGCUUUGACGAUUCGUGGAAGCAAAUUGCAAUUCUAUUACGCUCUUGAAGGGCAGGAGCUGACCAAGAUUGGACCUGUGUACGAUGCUUCGCUUUUGUCAGAUGAGUGUGGUGGACAUCCGAAUGAUGGAAGUUUCACCGGUGCCUUUGUGGGAAUGGCUGCUUCGGAUGUUAAUGGACUUGCGCUGGAGGCCAAGUUUGAUUAUUUUGUUUAUCGACCUGCUCAUGACGAUUCAGACCGAUAUGAUAUAUAA